CUUACAACCAAGAGGAUGUGCGUAACGAUAGCAGAGUUAUCACAUAACAAUAUUAAAGCCAUUAUAUAAAAAUCACAUUCCUAAUCAGAGCUGGAUAUAGUUUUAUCACAAUCUUAUCAAUACAUUAUUGAGGCUUGAAGGUUGCCAAUGUUUUCAUUACUAAAAAGAUGUGGCUUGUGUGGAUCGUGUUAGCCGUUCUCGGGAUAAAAGUGUUCAAUAAAUUGACAUCUGGAAAAUGUUAUGAUGAUACCGUGAUGAGCGGUAAAGUGGUGGUGGUGACUGGCGCUAGUGGUGGUAUAGGGUUCGAAACAGCAUUAGAACUGGCUAAGCGAGGAGCCAAAGUAAUAAUAGCUUGUCGAAAUGACAAGAAGGGCGAACGUGCUGUGAGAGUCAUAACAAAACUGACCAAAAACAAAAGAGUCCGCUAUAUACAUUUGGAUUUAACCUCUCUAUCAUCGGUGAGACAGUUUUGCCGCGAAUUGAGCACUACAGAAGCGAAACUGGACGUUUUGGUAAACAAUGCGGGAGCUAUAUGCACUACGCGCGAACGUACCAACGAUGGACUUUUGAAAGACAUGCAGAUAAAUUACUUUGGCCCCUUCUUAUUGACCAAUCUUCUGAUACCCAUGCUGAAAGCCGGAGCGCCUAGUAGAAUAGUAGUUGUUUCAUCAGCCUGGCACAAGUUUGGAACAAUCGACGGGAUAGAUGACGAAACAACUGGCUAUAUUCAGUCGUAUGCCAACAGUAAGUUAUGCAAUAUCCUCUUUACUAAAGAACUGGCUAGGCGAUUAAAGGAUACCAGCAUAGUGGUCAAUUGCUUGAAUCCGGGGCAAGUGAAUACGUCGCUAUAUAGAAGUUCCACUAUAUUGGAGAAGUUGCGAAGUGUCUUAUUGUAUUUCUUUUUCAAAACACCAGCGGAGGGUGCUCAAACAUCCGUGUAUGUGGCUGUAUCAGAUGACUGUGAUGUGGUAACUGGUGCUUAUUUCGAAGACUGCAAAGAGGUGAGGCCUAGUGCAAAGGCCGAAGACGAAAACUUAGCUAGGCAAUUGUGGACAAUUAGUGAGAAGCUUGUCAAUUUGAAACCGGAUGAAAUGAGUGGGGUUUUAACGUAGUUUAUAUGUGUAGUUAUUAUCCUGUGGAUAUAUAAUUAUGA